GGGGAUCUUCAGGCUGCAGGCGCCGAUACUAACACAGAGUUCAAAACAGAGAGGAUGGAAUAGCCUUACACUAAGAGAUUAUUACAAGUGAAUAAAUCUAAACACUGGGAAGAAUAACGUUUUUAUACAGACCAUAAAUUUAGAGCUCAGUUUUAACGCGGGAGUAGUCUAAUCCGCAAAGCACUUUGUCUGGAGGACCAGAACACUAUGGACACUUUAGGUUCUUCUGCAGCCAUCAGAAGUUGUUUGGGAUCCAUGUGAGUGAUCUCAGCGGUUGAAAAAUACAAGUCUGCUCUCACACAGACGUACUGCGGUGAUGAACUUAGCUCUCAUCGCCUGCUUCUUGCACACAGCCUGCCUGAGGGUUGACAGCAUUGUGUAAAACUGGGUGUGCAGAGGAAGUGCUACAGAUCAAAAGAUGAAAGUGAUAGCAUUGCUUCUCGUGCAACGCAGAGCAGGACCUUCACAGCACUACAGAACUUUUAGACUUUUCUCAAGGCUUUUGGGCAGCCUGGACUUGGGAAAGAUAAGGCUUUACUAAAGCACAAAGCUGGAUAAUGUGUUGGGAUACGUUAUGACACAUUGCUGCAGCACUACACCAGGUUGACAACAUAUCUCCUCCGUACAGCAAUGCUUGCUUUCAGUCUAUGAUAAGCUUCACAUGGUGAGUUGUUUUUUUUUUUUUGGGGUGGAGGAGGGACCUGAUCUCCUACCUUACUCCAGCUGUAGACUUCUCACGGCGGAUGCAGUCUUACAAUGUGAAUAAGACAGACAGGCCAUAACAAUUCUGGACUUGGAGACAAGCUACGAUCUGUACUGUGUGUGUGUUGAAAACGUGAAAAGGGACCAGUCCACUGGAUUACAAUGCCAUCCAAAGGGAAGUAUUUUAUUAAUGACCUGGAAGACUGGAAGGUUACUGAAUCUCUCUAUGAAAAGUACCAGUGUAUCAGCCAGCAUUACCCUCUCAUGCUUAUUCUGCUGUUUGUGACGGGGAAGGCGUGUAUAACUCUCAUCAUCCUCUUCUUUACGUCUGCAGAGGAGCCUUCUCACCAUCUUGCCUUUAUAAUCACGGUAUGCCUUGCACUGGUCAUUUUUGCAGCUCUCUAUGGACUAGUUUACAUGGAAUCCUUUGGGCGUAAGUGGCUACGUGUCUUUGCUCUGGUGAUUUACAUCUGCCUAGUGACUAUUGGGUAUGUCCUGGUGUAUGAUCCAACCACUGUCCACGCAUGGGACCAGGUUCCAUUUUUCCUGUUUAUCACCUUUGCUGUGUACACUAUGAUGCCGCUUGGGAUGCGAUCCUGCUUAAUUAUCAGUAUUGUUUCUGGAAUGUCGCACAUAAUUGUCAUCAGCAUCACUGUCCUAAAGUCGACUCAAACGCAUGACAACGUCGCUUUCCAGCUUAUCGCAAAUGCAGUCAUCUUCCUCUGCGGGAAUCUCAUGGGAGCUUUCCACAAACAUCAGAUGCUUGACGCAUCCCGCGACUUGUACAGCUACACUGUGAAAUGCAUUGGGAUCAAAAUGAGGCUGGAGCUGAAAAAGAGGCAGCAGGAGAGCCUGCUGCUUUCAGUUCUUCCUGUCUAUAUUUCCAUGGAGAUGAAACUGGCUAUCCAGGACAGACUAAAGGAAACCAAUGAUAACCGCCAGCCGGACAAGAACUUUCACAGCUUGUAUGUGAAGAGACAUCAGAAUGUUAGCAUACUGUAUGCAGACAUUGUGGGUUUUACGCGGUUGGCCAGUGACUGCUCACCCAAGCAGCUGGUCGUCAUGCUGAAUGAACUCUUUGGAAAGUUUGACCAGAUAGCAAAGGAAAAUGAGUGCAUGAGAAUUAAGAUUCUGGGCGACUGUUACUACUGUGUCUCUGGUUUACCAGUGUCUUUACCUAACAAUGCCAAGAACUGCGUGAAGAUGGGAUUGGACAUGUGUGAUGCCAUAAAGUUGGUGAGAGAAGUUACAGGAGCAGAUAUCAACAUGAGAGUCGGAGUGCACUCUGGGAAUGUCCUCUGUGGAGUCAUUGGCCUGCGGAAGUGGCAGUUUGAUGUCUGGUCUCAUGAUGUGUCAUUAGCCAAUCGCAUGGAAUCUGCAGGAGUACCUGGUCGAGUUCACAUCACAGAAGCAACUCUGAAGCAUCUAGAUGGUGCAUACAGAGUGGAACCAGGAAACGGAGAACUAAGAGACCCAUAUCUCAAAGAGAUGAACAUCAAAACCUACCUGGUCAUUGACCCACGGGCCAAUGAGCGUCGCGUACAAAACAACCAUCUCCCUAAACUCAGGAUAAAUGAUGGUCUGAAGGUGCGACCCUCGGUCAGGAUGACCCGGUAUCUGGAGUCGUGGGGUGCUGUCAGACCCUUUUCACACCUUGACCAGAGUGAGCUCCCAGCUACUGAGACUACCACAUCUAAUGGGAAACCUAACCGGAGCAUACGUCUCCAAAUAAUGUCACGCCCACUUACUACAGAAAGGAAUAUCUCUCAGAAGCAGAAACAUGAAGAGGAACUACGUGAAAAGAUGAUGAAUACAAUAGACGGUCUCAGUUCUGCAAAACCUUGGGUUGGAAAAUCUGAAGAUUUCUACGGAUUCCUUCUAUUUUUUACUGCUGACGGCCUGGAGAAAGAAUAUCGCUUCAUCAGGAUUCCCGGUAUCCGGAAUUACUUCCUAUGUGCCAGCCUGGUGUUCCUGUGUAUUUUCCUGAUCCAAAUUCUGGUGAUGCCAAGGAGUACAAAACUGGGAGUCUCGUUUGGCUUGGUGUCCCUGCUUGUCAUUAUUGUCCUGUUCAUCUCUUAUGCAGAUAAAUGCGCACGUUUCUGUAAUGAGCAGACCAGAUUUUCACGUGUUUUAUGUUCAGUGGCAGAGAUGGUGGAAACUAGGCCACUUCUGAGAGUACCACUGGCUGCGCUCACUAUUGGAUCUUUACUGGUGAUCUCCAUAGUGAAUUUGCCCCUGGAUCAGACACUCCAGAUGUGCAACAGCUCUUCUCUAGAAACUGACAGCAGAUGCCAGAGUAUCCCAUAUUAUAUCUACUGCUGUAUUUUGGGGUUUAUUGCCUGCUCUGUAUUCCUGAGGAUUAGUUUUGAGUUGAAGAUUGUCCUUCUACUGGGUGCUUUUAUUGCUUACAAUGUCGUCAUCUUCCACACUCACCCCAACUUGUUCAGGAGCGGACACCCAAGGAACAGCAGCACUACUGGAAUCUUGGAAGACCUGCAGAAAAUGUCCUGUUUUUACCUCUCGCUGUUCUUUUUAACUCUGGUUCUCUUGGCAAGGCAGGUAGAUUAUUAUUCCCGGCUGGAUUGUUUGUGGAAAAAUAAAUUUAGGAAAGAAGAUGAGGAAAUUGAAACCAUGGAAAACCUAAACCGUCUUCUUCUGGAGAAUGUGCUGCCUGCACACGUCGCUGCAUAUUUUAUUGGUGACAACAAGUUAAAUGAGGAUUUGUACCACCAGUCAUAUAAUUGCGUUUGUGUCAUGUUUGCCUCAGUACCAGAGUUCAAGGUGUUUUACACGGAAUGCGAUGUAAAUAAGGAUGGUCUUGAGUGUCUGCGGCUCUUGAAUGAGAUCAUCGCUGACUUUGAUGAGCUUUUAAUGAAACCCAAGUUCAGUGGUGUUGAGAAAAUUAAGACCAUAGGAAGCACUUACAUGGCAGCAACUGGACUUACGGUUACUCCAGAACAAGAAAAUAAUCAGGAUAAGGAAAAGCAGCAUGCUCAGAUUGGAAUCACAGUGGAAUAUGCCAUGGCCCUCAUGGUAAAACUCGAUGGCAUCAACCGCCAUUCCUUCAAUAGCUUCCGGCUCCGUGUUGGAAUUAAUCAUGGUCCUGUUAUUGCUGGGGUGAUCGGAGCAAAGAAACCUCAGUAUGACAUUUGGGGGAACACUGUAAAUGUUGCCAGUCGGAUGGAAACUACAGGGGAGCUUGGUAAAAUACAGGUGACCGAAGAGACGGGGCGCAUUUUAGAAAGUCUUGGCUACUCUUGUGAAUGCAGAGGAUUUAUCAACGUUAAAGGAAAAGGGGAACUAAAAACGUUCUUUGUAAACACAGAUAUGGCCAAAUCCCAAAGUAUUGGCAUGAACUGAACAUGCUGCUGUAUUUUAUAUGAAGAUGUUGCCUAACACUUUGGAAAAGACCAUCUGUCAGUGGUCUUUACACCAGGAGUGGAUCCGAGCUGCUUCUCAGCUUUUUAAUUGGGAGCUCAGAAGUGGGCUAUGAGACAGACUCGCUAUAAUAAUCGUGAGCAUCUCAGAAGUCAGUAUUAAAACGUGGACGUGCUGCUGACUGAGGGGCUGGCGUGGCUCCGAGGAUCACACUUUACACGGAGAGAGGAUUGUAAAGGCGUUUCAUUAGUAUGCAGAUUAAGUACUGCAGGACAGUCGUUUUAAACCUUAUGUUGCCGAAUAAAGCACAAAGCAUGUUCAAGUAACCAAAUAGCUACUAAAAAAAGCACAGUGCCUUAACUACAGAAAACUGUCUCUUUGCAAUAGUUAGUGAAAUUCAGGUCAAGUUAUCAAGACAAUUGAUAAGUAUUUUUACAGUUUAUGAAGAAGCUAACGCAUAUGACUUUCCUCUGGGACAGAAACGUGUUUCAUAUAUUGCACAUUACAUAGUGAUACCUGCUGGCAAAUACCUAAAAGGUAACCUCUUAAUUAGCCCCAGAGUCUAGUAUUAGCAUUUCGCUUAUUUCUUUUUGAAAUCGGUUUACCAGAAAAUUGUGCUACAUUUUUAUUUAAGAUAUUAGGUUAAUAAUGAUUUUUUUUCUUUUUAGAUGCCCCAUGUUGUAUGUUUAAAUGUGUAUUAACCUUAUAACAUAUAUCUGCAAUUAAGCAGUUCACUGCAAAGGAAUGUUUUUAAAUCACUGUCAUUUUGUUAGUACAAUUAACAAGGUUUUGCAAAUCAAGAGCAGUUUAGGAAUAAUCCUUUGAGAUAAUCUGGCAAAACCAAUGUUCUAGUCUCUUUUGCUGUAGCCAGUUUGGUACAGAUGAUCUUUAAUGUGUUCUCUUAACUAACCAAUCAGUGUGUUGAAUGUACAAGUAAAUUUAAGUAUGACAAAGGCACUCCCGCUUCUGUGGAGCAAGUACGCUCUUCAAAAGUAUUUUAAACUCUUUAGAAAUAUUUUAUAGCAAAAUAAGGAAAAAUAAAUCAUGAAAGUAUAUUGCAA